CGCCACAGUCACGGGGUCGUACAGACGCGCGCACGCGAGCGAGACGCGCAAGCCCAAGUGCCCAACCCUAGCGGAUCGAAUUGCGAGCAGCCACGCCUGCGGGCUCCGGCGCCGCUCAGCCGUCAGACGCGUGACCUACUCGCCUAGUCCUCGUCUGAUCUCCGCCGCCUCCGCCACCGACCGCCGCCCUCGCGUCCAGGGCUCCCGGCGUUCUCCAUCCCCAACUCCCCGCACAACCUACAAAAGCUGCAGGAUGGAGUCAGCAUCCAAGGAGACUGCAUCGAGGUGCACCAAGGAGAAGGUGACGGCAUCGAGGUGCACCACGGACAAGGAGAAGGGAGCGCACAUCUUUGAGAUCGCCGGGUACAGCCUCAAGAAGGACAUGGGUGUAGACAAGUUCGUCCGGUCAACCAUCUUCACUGUCGGUGGGUAUGACUGGUCCAUCAGAUUUUACCCCAAAGGUACCUACGAGUCACCCGAAGGGUGUAUGGUGAUCUGUCUUGAGCUCAUGAGCAGCAAUGCUGAGGUGCGGACAUUCUUUCAGCUUGGAUUGGUAAAGCACGAGACUGGGUUGGUUGGCUCAAUGUUUUCCCAAAAUAAUAAGGUGUUCAGCUUCAAGACCAGGAACAAUCGUCAGUAUCAUCUGUUCAUACUAACAAGCAGUCUUGAGACGAAACCAGUAAAGUACCUUCACAAUGAUCUUCUCAAGAUCAGAUGUGAUAUGACGGUAAUCAAAGAAUCUGAGGUGUAUGAAACCGUGGGGCACUCUGAAAUUGAGGUGCCGCCAUCAGACAUCAUGGAGCAUCUCGCAAAGCUGUUGGACAGUGAGGAGGAAGCAGAUGUCACUUUCAAUGUUGGAGGUGAGACCUUUCAGGCGCACAAGAUUUUCCUUGCCAUGCGGUCACCUGUCUUCAAAGCAGAACUCUUCGGGCCGAUGAAGGAGAAGAAGAUGCGGCGUUUGACCGUCAAAGAUAUCCAGCCCGCCGUUUUCAAGGCUCUGUUGCAUUUCAUCUAUACAGAUUCAUUGCCUGACUUUGAUGAUCUUGAAGGCGAUGAUAACUGUGAAAUGAUCCGGCAUUUGCUGGUAGCUGCAGAUAAGUAUGCCAUGGACAGGCUGAAGCUUAUGUGUCAAAACAUCCUUGGCAAGAGUCUUGAUGUGGAGAACGUGGCAACUACAUUGGCUUUAGCUGAUCAGCAUAACUGUGACAAGCUUAAAGAUGUUUGCAUUGAAUUUAUUGCCUCUUCAGAUAAGAUGGAUGAUGUGGUGGCAAGCAAAGGUUAUGCAAAUCUCAAAAGAUCUUGCCCGUCUGUCUUGAUAGAUGCUUUAGAGAAGAGAAGUAGGCCUCGCAUAUCAUAGAGCAGCUCAUGCGUACUAAAAUCAGUUACAUGCGGUUGUUGAGGUUUAUUUAUGUUAUCUGCACCUUUCCUGAAGCUUUUCGACGCUCAAAUAGUGUAAUAUCAUGUGUGGAACCGUUAUGAUCUCAAAAUGAAGGAAUGUUACUACUUUA